UUGGCUCAUCAAAUAAUUGCAAUAUUUUUUUAUGGUAUAAAUUUGUCCAAUCUUCAGUCAGUUUGUAAUCUUCAGUCAUUAAACAGUGGAAAAAUGCCAACCUAUAUCACCAAUCUUUUUUGUACGAUUACUGUCAUCAUUAUAAUACCGCGUUUUGCUGAAUCGAAUCAGAAUUUAAGUUUAAUCAGAGAUGGAAACACAUCAAGCAAUGAACUUAUUGAUACAGCAGCUCCAAUAGGUUGUCUCUGUGGUGUUUUUUUGAGUGGUUCCUUCAAGAAGUUUAGUAAAGCACAGCCGUUUGAACCUCCAGCUCUGAUCCAAGAACAUAAAGAUUCAUUUCCUUGCACUCUAAUUGGCAAUAAGCUUUGCACUAGCAAGUGUCUUGAUGUUAUUGUCAAGUAUCUACCAAACAGUCCUGCUAUUAUUUGUGGUUCCAUCGAAAGAGAUUGCGUCAAAGAACGAGCUUAUUUGUUCAUCAAAAAUUGCGAUGAUAAGUGGAUUAACACGAACUUAUCAGCUGGACGUGAAUAUUGCUGUAAGGAUGGCAUUCCAUACAAGUGUCCGACAAUUGUUUAAUCAAUUAAUUAAUGUUUUAAAAUGUUGAUGUAUUUUUUAAGCAUAAAAACUAUUUUAUAUUACUGUUCAUAGAAUAUACCA